AUGCCGGACAACAUCGAAUUUCUGUCGCAAAUCGGCGAAAAAGUGUGCGACACCGAGUCGAAAAAUGCGAGUUUGCCGGAUUAUCUCAAUGGAAUAUUCUACUGUUCGCAAGUCGAAAAUGAUACAAUUGCGACGCAAGUGUUCGCCGCUGUCGCGUUCGUUCUGCUCAUGGUAGUUGCUCUAACCGGCAACUCAGUUGUGAUGUGGAUCAUCUACGAGCACAAAGUCAUGCACCACGGCUUCAAUUUCUUUCUCUUCAACAUGGCGUUCGCCGAUUUGCUGAUUGCUUUGUUCAACGUCGGCACCUCUUGGACCUACAAUUUGUACUACGAUUGGUGGUUCGGCGAUCUGUGCAUUCUCACCUCAUUUUUUGGCAUCGCUCCAACGACCGUCUCGGUUUUCUCAAUGAUGGCGCUGAGUUGGGAUAGAUGUCAAGCCGUUGUAAAUCCGCUGAAAAAACGACCGCUGUCUCGACGGCGAUCAUUGAUCGCAAUUUCGUGCAUUUGGCUCAUCUCUACCAUCACCGCACUUCCAUUCGCGCUAGCGGCUAAUGUGAGCACAAUCUAUAUGUAUGAUUUGGAAUCGUCAAAAUUGGUUGUUCGAAAACUCUGCGCCUCGCCGGUCAACUCAAUGUUCGAUCACAUGCUAUUCUUCAUACAAUACGCGGUUCCAUUAUUUGUUCUUUCGUUCACAUUUGCGCGAAUCGCGAUGGCGUUUCGGACCACUGACGAGGCGACCGGCAACAAUUCGAAGGCGAACAAUCAUACCCGCGCAAAGAGCAAGGCCGUCAAAAUGUUGGCGUUGAUGGUGUUCGCGUUCAUGUUCUGCUGGCUUCCCUAUCACCUCUACCACACAUUCGAGCUCAGCAAUUUCAUCGCGGGUCCUAAUGCGAAAUACAUUUACCUUGCAAUCUACUGGGUUGCAAUGUCGAGUUCCGCGUAUAAUCCGAUCAUUUAUUGUUUCGCGAACGAGCGAUUCCGAAUCGGAUUCCGAUACGUGUUCCGAUGGAUGCCGUUGGUUGAAUGCAAGCGAGAAGCAUAUGAGUAUUCGCAAUUGUUUCCUGAUAAAAUGAGAAGCAUGGCGAUAUCUCUGCAAAAGGGCAAAUGUCUCAAAGAGCCAUCAUAUUUGCUCGAGAAACAAUCCAAAGAGUUUUCAUCGUUCACGUGCCAGACUUCGCCGGAUAUCGUGCAAUGUGUUAUCGGAACUGAGAAACCCAAGAAACCAUCGAGGACUGCAUUGCUGAGUUGCCAUAACGCUGAUUGA